CCCCGUCCCUCCGCGCUGAUUCGCUGUCGCUCCCGCCUCAUUAACAUAUCACAGGCCGUGCCUUGUCGCGGUUUCCCUUGUGUCAGGGCGGGAAAGGCAGUUGAUUGGCUGAGCGCGGCCAUGGGCGGGCUAGCGGGCUUCCCUCUCAUUGGCUGCUCGGUGCUGUCGGUCACGGGUGACGCCCCGCCCUCCGGGGUGUCCCUCGCCGGCGCCUCCUUGUCCGUCUCAUUCAGUGGUGGGCUCCGCGGCGGACGGAGCUCUGGCGGUGGGAGUUGCUGGGGCACAAUAGACACAGGUCCUCGGCCAGCAUCGCUCGGCAGGCAGCAGCCGCAGCAGCAGGAGGAGGUAGAUCCCGUUCUGGUGCAGUAUAAGAGGAAAGAUGUUUUCCCGACUGAGAGCCGCUACCACUCCCUGUGCAAUGGCAUGUCGCAGCGUGCACACGAAAGAGAAGGGCAAGCCACUGAUGUUGAACCCAAGAACAAACAAGGGUAUGGCCUUCACAUUACACGAACGACAAAUGCUUGGGCUGCAAGGACUUCUACCUCCUAAAAUAGAGACACAAGACAUUCAAGCCUUACGCUUCCAUAAGAAUUUGGCAAAAAUGACUGAUCCCUUGGAAAAGUAUAUCUAUAUAAUGGGAAUCCAAGAGAGAAAUGAAAAAUUAUUCUAUAGGGUAUUACAAGAUGAUAUCGAGCGGUUAAUGCCAAUUGUAUACACUCCAACAGUGGGCCUUGCCUGCUCCCAGUACGGCCACAUCUUCAGGAGACCAAAAGGAUUAUUUAUUUCUAUCUCAGACAGAGGCCAUAUAAGGUCAAUUGUGAACAACUGGCCAGAGAAUGACGUUAAGGCUGUUGUUGUAACUGAUGGAGAAAGAAUAUUAGGUCUCGGAGAUCUAGGUGUGUAUGGGAUGGGAAUUCCAGUAGGAAAACUGUGUUUGUAUACAGCCUGUGCAGGAAUACAUCCAGAUAAAUGCUUGCCUGUGUGCAUCGACGUUGGAACUGAUAAUACAACACUCUUAAAAGAUCCAUUUUAUAUGGGACUAUACCAAAAAAGGGAUCGCUCUCAGGUCUAUGACGACCUAAUUGAUGAAUUUAUGGAAGCCAUUACAGACAGGUAUGGCCAGAACACACUUAUCCAGUUUGAAGACUUUGGAAACCACAAUGCUUUUCGUUUUUUAAGGAAGUACAGAGAGAAAUAUUGUACCUUCAAUGACGAUAUUCAAGGGACAGCUUCAGUGGCUUUGGCAGGACUGCUGGCAGCACAGAAAGCCACGGGUAAACCACUUGCAGAGCAGAAAGUGCUGUUCCUUGGGGCAGGAGAGGCUGCACUGGGAAUUGCAAACCUCAUUGUUAUGGCUAUGAUGGAAAGUGGUGUUUCUGCUGAGGAAGCCUAUAGGAGAAUAUGGAUGUUUGACAAAUAUGGUUUACUGGUUCAGGGCCGAGAACAAAAGGUUGAUGCUAAUCAAGAACCAUUUACGCAUCAGGUUCCAGAGCAGAUACCAAAGACAUUUGUGGAGGCAGUGAAUGUACUUCGGCCUUCAGCUAUCAUUG